CAGAACCUCAGCCAAUUCAGCAGGUCCACCAGGAUCAACUAGAGGCCAUGCUGCUUGAUGAUCGGUUCGGUUCUGACCAACUGCACCAAUUUUCCCAGCAUUUCGACUCCGUUCGGGGGGAAUCCUCGAAUGCUGGUGAGACCCAUACCGACCACAUUACGGGUCAGGUCGAGCGGAUCUCCCUAUCCGACCCUGUUCAUGAGGUUUUAGAGAGGGCUGGAUCUACAGCGAGCCAGAUCUGGUCUACCUCCUCCUGGUUCAACAACUUUUCCCUUCCUCAGUUGCCGGUCGAGCAAUCUGAAGAAUGUCUGGCCCUGACUGCUCUGAAGAUGGGCUUGUACACCCUUCAGAUGCGGGAGGCCCGCCUGGCCAAAGAGCGGGAACUGAUUGUUGCCCAGUCUUCUGCUGAGCAACAUGCUGUUGCUGCCAUCGCCUCUCUGGAGGCCGAACGGAAAACCUUUGCGGAGGAAAAGCAGAGGCUGGAUGCUGAAGUCGGUACCCUUCGGGUCCAACUCGCAGCUUCCCAGGCGAAGAUCCUUGCCGCUGAGGCCGCACGGGUCAGAUUCGAAGAACUGCCAUCCAGUAUCCCGGACGGUCCCUAUGAAGUGAACGUGGAUCUGUCCGCCGUCCGGGACAUGUUUAAAUCCUCCGAUGAAUUCUCCAUCAUCAAGGAUGAACAUGCAAGGGCCCAAAUCCCGUUCGCCUUUGGGGCGUAUUUGAAGG